AUGCAGCCCCACCGCUACACCCCCCUGCGAAGUCAGACGGAAUUGAAGCCCGCGUUAGCAAGGAGUCUUCUCCCUCUGCAGAAGCCGAGGACGCACCCUUCUUACCCUCGCUUCAAGCGCCAUCCGACCACCUCUACCGCACCAACGCAACCCCAUCAACCGGAGCCUCCGCCCCCUCAACCUCCGACAUGCAUCUCGUCGCCAACUCCCCCCUCUCCCCAAUGCUCGCGGCCUGCCGCCAAGACGCCCCGGCCCCCUCCUUCCUCGAAUCGGCCCACCAGCGGUUUCUGGUCGCACAUCCCGUUGCCCCGCCCCGACCCUCCGACGCCGACCCAAUACGCGAAGAUGCCGAUCAUCGAAUUCGAGCCGACGGCGAGUGAGGCGGACAAGUCGUGGGCCGAUGAGACCAAAGAAGCAUUCCCAUCGGCAAAGACGGAAACGAAGGAUGCAAGGAGAGAGUCGGAAAGCGAGGGAGGAAAGGAGGAAAAGUGGAAGAAAGUUGAGAGGACGAAGAAGCGGGAGAUGAGGGAGACGGCGGGCGAGGCGAGAAACCGGCGCGGUGAGAAGACGGAGGCAAAGCGAGUAAGUUCGCGAGCGAGGCGAAUCGGCGCUCCGGCAUCGAAGGAGGAACUGCGGGCAAAGGACAAGAACCUCCUCCGCCUCCGAAAAAAACCCAACAUCUGCACCACCGACCUCCUCCUCAUCCAAGAACCUCCGCGCCCGCUAAAGCCCUUUGACGACCCCAACUGGCGCCUCGUCACACCACCACCAACCUCGCUGCCCGACGGCGAACCCGCCCCAACCCGCAACCUCAUCCUCAUCACGACCCGCCUCGGCCCGGCCGUCGCGACACAAGUCGCAGUCGACUCAGGCGGUUGA